AUGACGAAAAAAACAACGCUGUGGGAUGAACUAAACGCCGAGUUAAAGCGCCUAAAACAACGCUUAUGGCAUACCAUGAAAGGCGUUGGUAACUUAAGACAUCAAGACGAUAGCCCUGGAAGUCGGAAUCCGCCAAAGAGUGUCAAUAAUCGGCAGUCAGCGGCAUGUGCGGUCUGGUGGCCUCUGGUCACGGGCCAUGAAGCCCUGACGAGUAGGAGGGUCGCGGCGGUGAGCGCAGAAGGACUGGCCGUGAAGCCGUCUGGAGCCGCCGUCGGUGCAGAUGUUGGUGAUAGUAGCAAAUACUCCAGCGAGGCCGAGGAGCCGCCGUCAGUGCAGAUCUUGGUGGUAGUAGCAAAUACUCCAGCGAGGCCCUGGAGGAUUGACGUGGAGAGGGUUUCGUGUGAACAGCCGUUGCACACGAGUCAGUCGAUCCUAAGCCCUAGGCGAAAGCCGAUGUCGAUGUGGUGUAGAUUUGUCGUUGGUCACAAACACGACCUCCAGAGCCGUGGUGACGUGAACGUACGGAUUGUGCACACACCCGUUGGGCGAAAGGGAAUCCGGUUCCUAUUCCGGAACCCGGCAGCGGAACCGCUUAUAAUUCGGGCCCUCGCAAGAGAGUUCGUCGGGGCAACCCAAAAGGACCCGGAGACGCCGUCGGGAGAUCCGGGAAGAGUUUUCUUUUCUGCAUGAGCGUUCGAGUUCCAUGGAAUCCUCUAGCAGGGAGAUAUGGUUUGGAACGCGAAGAGCACCGCAGUUG